CGGCAACAAAUAAAAUCCACCUGUUGAACCGAAAACGCGCCGAUAAAGGCCAGGUAACGCCGCUCACCUGGCUCCAGUACCGUUCCCCGUGCGACGAUUCGACGGUAUCGGAGGAGUGGCUGCGCCACCGAGCCCCGGCCUGACGUAACUUAUCGUUCGGCAUAAAAACCCGGCGAUACAUCCCGUAUAUCUCUACAGCGAACAGAGAGCGGUCUCGUUGCAUUCGAUACUCCGAGUUUCACGAGUUUCCAACGCGAUCGACGGGCCUGCUUCAGUCGGCCGCUCUCGCACGGUGUUUCGUAUUUUUGUUAGUGUACGUGGAAAUCGCACGACGUGGAUUUGGAAGACGCCGAAACAAUGACGAAUUACAUCGCCGGCGUGGAAGGUGGUGCGACCAAUUCGCACGCCAUCAUCAUGGAUUCCAGCGGGAAAAUUUUGGGAAAAUCCAGAGGCGCCGGGACCAACCACCAUUUAUCCGGCAUGAAGGAGUGCCGAAGACGCCUGGCGGAAUUGAUUAACGCUGCCAAAAUCGAGGCACGCAUACCUCUAGACCAACCCUUAACCGCAGUGGGACUGAGCUUGAGCGGAUGUGAGCAAGAAGAGGCCAACCAGGAGCUGGCGAAAGGCAUCAUCCGGGACUUCCCCACGCUGGCGGAGAAAUACAUAGUGGCCAGCGACACCGAGGGCUCGGUGGCGGCCACCUCGAACAGAGGCGGCGUCGUUUGCAUAGCAGGCACCGGCUCCAACACCCUCCUAAUAAACCCCGAUGGCAAAAAAGUCCAAUGCGGCGGCUGGGGCAAUUUGCUAGGAGACGAAGGAAGCGCGUGGAAAAUAGCCUACAUGGCCGUCAAGUACUGCUUCGACGAGCUGGACAACUUCGAGAAGGCGCCCUAUCCCACGGAGAAGGUGUGGAAGCUGGUCAAGGGCCACUUCAAGCUGCGCAACCAGCCCGACAUCCUGGACUACUUCUACGUGAACUUCGACAAGGCGUACAUCGCCUCGAUGACGAAGGACCUGAGCGAGCUGGCGGCCGACGGGGACGAUUUGGCGCGGGAGAUCUUCCGCCAGAACGGGGCCUACCUGGCCAAGUCGAUACGCGCCGUGUUGUCGAAGGCCAGCGGGGAGUUGAGCGAUAGAGAGGGCGGGGUGCACGUGACCUGCGUGGGGUCCGUGUGGCUGAGCUGGGAGCUGCUCAAGCAGGGUUUCGUGCAGGAGUUGGACGCCAAGUCGGACAUCCGGGAGCUGACUCUGAUAAGACUGAAUACGGAAAUGGGAACUGGGGCGGUUUACUUGGCUUCGGAUAGGCUGGAGAUACCUUUGGAGAGGGAUUAUUCGAAAAACUAUGCCGUAUUGUAUAAUUAUAAGAGGGAGAAACCGAUGAGCAACGGCUACUAAUUGUGUUUUUUUGAUAAAUAAGAUAUAUUUUUGUAUUCGUAGGAGUUUAAAGUUUUAUUUUGGUGAAUUUUUACGUACGAGUAUAUAUUAAUUUUUAGAAGAAAAUUGGUACUGAGGCAGGAUAUUCACGAAAAUACGACAGCUAAUAUAAUACGUCUAGUAAAAAUCCAACAAAAUAAAACUAUUUGAUAUAAAAAUUAUAAAUUGACAGGAUCCAAUGAACCUAAUAUAGUCACUUCAUUAUAAAUAUUAAAAUGGAAAAGCCUAUUUUAAACAAAAAAGGCCGCAGAGAGUAUACAAAGUAUACAAUAUUGCAAGAAACAUAAAUCCACCGAUUGAGUACAUUUAGAAUCAAUUUUAUAGCAAAAUAUUUUGUAAAUAUUUUUAAUUUGUAUAUAAAAAACCUAAAAAAAGAAAAAACAGCACUUUCUUUUGCCUUACUCUUUAUUUUACAAUAAUAUAAUUAACAAAGAAAUGCACAGAAACACUUCUUUGUAGUUAAUUUUAUUUCUUAGGCUUACAUCUACCACCUUAUAUCAUUAUUGUCGAUGUAAACAAGUAGUCUUUGACAUCCCAAAUAACAUUUUUUUAUUUUGGUAUUCUGGGUACUUAAACAUACUCUUUGGAAGAUCAAUAUUUAAUUGGGCAUUAGUAAAGCGAAUUAACGGAACUGAGUUCGUU